AUGAACUUGGCGGCGGAACGCCAUCUCAGAGCAGUGCUAGAUUCGGAUAAUGGAGGAAUUGACCCAAGCCCAGCAAGGUCCUGUAACAAUGAAUGGUACGGCAUCUGUUCGCUGUUUUCCCUUUCUGAAGAAAUGAAGCGAUUACGAGAUGAGGUUUAUGUGAACCCUCAAUUUAAGCGGCCAUUGGGUUCUUCGUCUUCUCGUGGAGAAUCGUACGGGCUGCCACAUGCCCCUGGUGGUGGCAGUGGUGGUGGUGUUGGAGGAGGAGGUGGUGCUGUUGCUGGAGGUAGUGGCAAUGGCUGUGGUGGUACCGGUGGUAGUACACAAAAGCUUACAACCAAUGAUGCUCUGAGUUAUUUGAAGGAAGUCAAGGACAUGUUCCAAGAUGAAAGAGAGAAAUAUGACAGGUUCCUCGAUGUCAUGAAAGAUUUCAAGGGACAAAGAAUUGAUACAGCUGGUGUUAUAGCACGGGUGAAAGAGUUAUUUAAGGGGCAUCCUAAUCUUAUCCUUGGGUUCAAUACAUUUUUACCCAAGGGUUACGAAAUCACCCUUACUGAUGAGGAAGAGGCGCCAAAAAGGACGGUUGAGUUUGAAGAGGCUAUAAGUUUUGUAAACAAGAUUAAGAAACGAUUCCUAAAUGAUGAUCACGUUUAUAAAUCAUUCCUUGACAUCUUGAAUAUGUAUCGGAAGGAACACAAGGGUAUCACUGAGGUCUACCAAGAGGUUGAGGCACUUUUUAACGACCAACCAGAUCUUCUCGAGGAGUUCACUAGAUUUUUGCCAGAUACUUCAGCUACAGCAUCAGUGGCACAUGCUUCUUUUGGACGGCGUCCUUUCAAUCAUUAUGAUGAGAGGAGCUCUGCAAUGCCCACAAUGCGACAAUCUCAAGUAGAUAAGCAACGUUUGCGGAGGGAUAGGAUUAUUAGUCCCCAUGGAGAACGUGAUCUUAGCGUUGAGCGCCCAGAUCUGGAUGAUGAUAAAACAGUGAUGAAGAAGAAGCGCGCUGACAAGGAGAACAAGGAUAAGAGAUAUCGUGAUCACGAUGACAGGGAACCUGACCAUGAAAACAAUGGGGACACUAGCAUGCAUAAAAAGAAAUCUUCCCGAAAGGUCGAUGACUUUGGAGGGAAUUCUAAUUUGGCUUCCUGUGACGAUAAAGAUACAUUGAAAAGCAUGUACAGCCAAGAGUUCACCUUCUGUGAAAAAGUUAAGGAGAGGUUACGCAGUUCAGAUGAUUACCAGGCAUUUCUGAAAUGUCUUCAUAUUUACAGCACCGAAAUAAUCACAAGAAAAGAAUUACAGAGUUUGGUUGCUGAUUUACUUGGUAAAUAUCCUGAUCUCAUGGAGGGAUUCAAUGAAUUUUUGGAACGCUGUGAGCGAAUUGAUGGAUUUCUUGCUGGUGUUAUGGGCAAAAAAUCAUUAUGGAAUGAAGGACAUUCUUCAAAGGACUUGAGAAUAGAGGACAAAGAUAAAGAACAGAAGCGUGAAGUAGAUGGAGGUAAAGAGAAGGAUAGGUACAAUUUGAAGUACUGGGGAAAGUCCAUUCAGGAGCUUGACCUUUCUAACUGUCAAAGUUGCACUCCCAGUUAUCGGCUUCUUCCUGAGGAUUAUCCAAUAACUUCAGCAAGCCAGAGGUCGGAGCUUGGUAGUCAGGUUUUAAAUGAUCACUGGGUAUCAGUCACAUCUGGUAGUGAGGAUUAUUCUUUUAAACACAUGCGUAGAAACCAGUAUGAAGAAAGCCUGUUUAGAUGCGAAGAUGAUAGAUUCGAACUAGACAUGUUGUUGGAGUCUGUAAGUUCGACUACGAAGCGUGCGGAGGAACUCUUGAACAAUAUCAAUAAUCAUUCAAUUGGUUCAGACGGUCCCGUACGUAUUGAGGAGCAUUUCACAGCUCUAAACUUGAGAUGCGUUGAACGUCUAUAUGGUGAUCACGGUCUUGAUGUCAUGGACAUAUUGCGUAAAAAUCCAUCCAUUGCAUUGCCUGUUAUUCUAACCCGCCUUAAGCAGAAGCAAGAGGAAUGGACUAAGUGUCGUUCAGAUUUUAACAAAGUUUGGGCUGAGAUUUACUUUAAGAACCAUUACAAGUCUCUGGAUCACCGCAGCUUCUAUUUCAGGCAACAAGAUUCAAAGAACUUGAGCACAAAAUCCUUAGUUGCAGAGAUCAAAGAUGUCAGGGAGAAAAGUCAGAAAGAGGAUGAUGUACUUAUCAGUAUUGCUGCUGGAAGCAGACAUGUCAUCAGUCCAAAUCUUGAAUUCCAAUAUUCUGAUGUUGAUGUUCAUGAAGACGUGUAUAAAAUUGUUAAAUAUUCAUGUGAAGAGAUCUGCUCAACAAAAGAACAAUUAAAUAAGGUUCUGAGGUUCUGGACUUCUUUUCUUGAGCCGAUGCUGCUGGGGGUUCGUAACCGGCCUCAUGGUACAGGGGCUACUGAAGAUGAUGGUGCCUCUAAGUGCCGAAUUGCGAAAACCGCUGCAACAAGCAUAGUUGAAAGUGAUGAAAGACCUAGUGGUGAUGGAUGA